CGGUUUCCGGUGUCAUGGCGGCUCGAGGUCCCGGUAGUCGGUGAGGCGGCUGCAGGCCCCUCCCUGCGGAGCCGCUGGUCCGGCGGGCGGGGAUGUGACCGCGGGUCCUGCCGGCCUGCCCUGGGCGUCGCGUCAGCUCCGUGUCAGCGCCCUCAGUCCGCACCGAUGGCGGGAUCCGGCUGCGCGUGGGGCGCGGAGCCGCCGCGGUUUCUGGAAGCCUUCGGGCGGCUGUGGCAGGUACAGAGCCGCCUGGGUAGCGGCUCCUCGGCCUCGGUGUAUCGUGUGCGCUGCUGCGGCACACCCGGCUCGCCCCCCGGCGCUCUGAAGCAGUUCUUACCGCCGGGCACCACCGGGGCUGCGGCCUCGGCCGCUGAGUACGGUUUCCGCAAAGAGAGGGCGGCGCUGGAGCAGUUGCAGGGUCACAGGAACAUCGUGACUUUAUAUGGAGUCUUUACAAUCCACUUCUCUCCAAAUGUGCCAUCACGCUGUCUGUUGCUUGAACUCCUGGAUGUCAGUGUUUCGGAAUUGCUUUUAUAUUCCAGUCACCAGGGUUGUUCCAUGUGGAUGAUACAGCAUUGUGCCAGAGAUGUUCUAGAGGCCCUUGCUUUUCUUCAUCAUGAGGGUUAUGUCCAUGCAGACCUCAAACCACGUAAUAUAUUGUGGAGUGCCGAGAAUGAAUGUUUUAAACUCAUUGACUUUGGACUUAGCUUCAAAGAAGGCAAUCAGGAUGUAAAGUACAUUCAGACAGACGGGUAUCGGGCUCCGGAAGCAGAACUGCAGAAUUGCUUGGCCCAGGCUGGCCUGCAGAGUGAUACAGAAUGUACCUCAGCUGUUGAUCUGUGGAGCCUAGGAAUCAUUUUACUGGAAAUGUUCUCAGGAAUGAAACUGAAACACACAGUCAGAUCUCAGGAAUGGAAGGCAAACAGUUCUGCUAUUAUUGAUCACAUAUUUGCCAGUAAAGCAGUGGUGAAUGCCGCAAUUCCAGCCUAUCACCUAAGAGACCUUAUCAAAAGCAUGCUUCAUGAUGAUCCAAGCAGAAGAAUUCCUGCUGAAAUGGCAUUGUGCAGCCCAUUCUUUAGCAUUCCUUUUGCCCCUCAUAUUGAAGAUUUGGUGAUGCUUCCUACUCCAGUGCUAAGACUGCUGAAUGUGCUGGAUGAUGAUUAUCUUGAGAAUGAAGAAGAAUAUGAAGAUGUUGUAGAAGAUGUAAAAGAGGAGUGUCAAAAAUAUGGACCAGUGGUAUCUCUCCUUGUUCCAAAAGAAAAUCCUGGCAGAGGACAAGUCUUUGUUGAGUAUGCGAAUGCUGGUGAUUCCAAAGCUGCUCAGAAAUUACUGACUGGAAGGAUGUUUGAUGGGAAGUUUGUUGUGGCUACAUUUUACCCACUGAGUGCCUACAAGAGGGGAUAUCUGUAUCAAACUUUGCUUUAAUCAGUAACCUAAGGACUAUUUCCUGUUUCUCCUCUUCUAUUUCCUGGGUUAUUGUAUUCUACAUCUGAAUGCAGAAGUACCCCCUUAUCAUUUUAAGGGAAUACUUUGUAUAUUUAUUCAAUCCUACCAAUGUGCAGCCAUUGCUCAAGCAGUGACUGCAUUGCAAACAUUUGGCACUGAGUAGGACAAGACCUCUCAGCUAUACAUUGAGGGGUUUUAGAGCAUCCAUGUGGGCAACCUUUUUUUGUGCAGUAGGGCAAGUGCUGCUCUUCAGUAUGUAACCUAAAAAGAUAUUAACUCUUUCAUGUGAUCAUGAAGCAAGGAUGAAUAAUAUCAUGUUGUAGUGAAUAUUAUUAACAAAUUUGUUAGAGUUGGUGACAUCACUUACAGAUUAUUCCUUUAUGUUGUCAGAGGGGUCUUCCUUAUCGAUAUCUGUAGUUGGCACUGGAUGCUCUCAGUAAUGUUAAGUAAUUGUUAAGCAGCAAUUCCCUACUGUGUUCUUAACACCGAGUUACGAAUUUUUUUAAAGGAGUACUGUAGUACUGAAUAUUCCUUUAAAGAAACUGCAGUGAGCCUAUCUACAUUUUUUUUAAAAUUAAGGCUUUUAAAAUAGAAAUCUAAUGCUUGAUCUUGCACAAUUUUUAUGUCCAGUAUGUAUGCUUGAGUGAGUGUGCAGGUGUGAAAGACUAGAGAAAAUUUGAGUAGCUUUCUUUAUAGUGUGAAUCUUGUGAGUUACUACAGUCUAUGCCCAUCUCUUCCCUACCUGUUUAAUAUCUGUAAGAUUUAGGAUACAAGUUUUUUGGGAGUCGGUCUGUCUGAUAGAAUGAAAUGAGAAAAUAGUUCAUUCCUGAGAGUCCCAGAACACACAAGUCUAUAAACUGGGUUACAUUGAAACUCUCUUAAAGUGAGAAAACUCUUGUAAAAGUUUUGGUACACAUAAAUUGCCCCUUCUUUCAGUCUGCUUUAGACCCUGCAUUAGCUCAUCUGUUUUGUACUGAAUCUUCUAGGAUCACUGUAAAAUUUCUCAAGAUAGAGUUCUGUCUACUAUGAUGAAAAAUUGACAUGGGUCAAAAAGAAAGAAUUAGUUGUUCAGUGAAGGGAAAAGGAAAAAAAAAAUAGGCAAAGGGUACAUAGUCAAGGAUUCUUUCUUUCUUUCUUUCUCUCUCUCGUCUCCCUCCCACUCCUUCUUUUCCUCUUCCCGCAUUCUUUACCUCUAUCCUUAGCUGAAGAGAAGUUAGAGGAAAGCAUCCUAGGUGGUCAGGUGAUCUGACUUCUGAUUACAAGGAAGUUAAGAAAGGUGUAGCUAUAAUAAGGUGGAAAUAGAAAAGAAGAAAAACUUAACGAAGAAUUCUUAAAAAGAUUCAUAGCAAUCUAAUGUGUCCCCCAAUAGAAGAAACUAGUAUUCGUGAGUUCACGGGCACAGGUUGACUACAUGGUUUUAGGAAUUAUAAUUAUGGAUUCCUCCCACUUUACAGUAGAUUGUCUUCAAAGGUUUAAAUCUUAGGAAACCUUUAUAAAGCACUGAUUAUACGAAAAAAGAAAAGUAUACAGGUUAUGAAUUUUUUGUUUUCUUAACUAAAUGAAAAUUUUAUUUAUUUAUUUAUUUUCCUAAGGAAAAAGCUUUUAUAUCUUUCCCUGCUGGAAGCCUCCUCAUAUAGUCUUUCCUUGUGUGUGCCAUGCAGGUUGUUGAGAGCCCAAUUAAGAAUUUAUGUCUUAGAGGAUGAAUUAUUUGACCCUUUCCAGACAAUUACCAUUUGAUAUUUUAGUUAUUCACAGUUACCUAAUUAUUCAGGACUCUUCUUCCUUAAUAUUUGUUAUGAAGCCAAAUUUGGUAUAAUGAAUUGCCAAAAGAUCUGUGGCGUGGCUCCCAAGGGAGAACUGUAGAGUAAGCUUCUAAUAUGUGCCCUUAGAAGGAAGAGCUGUUAUUUUUCAUUUUGGCCUUUUCAGAGGUUGAUUAGCUGGUUUGUUUUCAAAUAAAAAUUCAAGAGAGUAUUGUGGAGACCGAAGCUUUCCUAAAACAUAAAUGUUUGUAUGGUAGCAGCUUCCAUGGUGAUUAAAAACACCAGCUCUUUCCAUACAUACUGAUGAACACAGAAUGCAAAUGAAUUCUUUUUAAGGGCAAGUGUUCUAGGUUAGCACAUAUACCUUUCUCAUUCUCCCUCCCCCCACUACCACCAAAAAGAAAAAUCCUUACAAAUAAACUGCAGGUAGGCUUCUAAGCUUAAUGUUGCAGUAUGCUGCUAACAUCUUGAUGCUGAAUUUCACAGCAUUCUUCGAUCGUCUUCUUAUUGCUGAUGUAUUCAUGCGUAUAUGUAGUGUUUAACACUGUAGAAUUUUAUUACAGAAGAUGCUAACUAGAUUUUAAGGGAGCUGAGGGAAUAAUUGAUGAGCCUAAGUAACCAUGCAUUGAAUUAAAUAU